AUGAAUGUUCAACAAAGUGCGAAUUUGAUACGAAGUUUAUCAUCGGCUGCCGUUCAAUCCAGCUCAAGGUUUGUCCAGAAAAAUAGUGGCAGGAAAAAAAUUUUUCGGUUCCGUAGAUCCCAUUUUUUUCCUGAAUUUAUAUUAAAUUUUGUUUUUUUGCAGUUCAAAGCUUUGUGGUCCGGCUGUGAAGCUUCUUAUUCUGCAAUAUGGUCUAGAAGAACGCGAUAUUACAGGUUCAGGCCCAAAGAAGAACGUUCUUAAAAGGUUUAAAAAGCUUCUGUUUUUUAUUUUAAUGUACAAUCGUUCCUUCAGUGAUUUGUUGGAACUGAUCAAGAAAGAAAGCCUAUCUCCGAUCAAAGUCAAAUCUGCGUCUUCAGGCUCAACGGAUGUAGACAAAAACGUGAAGGUGCAAUUCCCAAAAUGAAAAAUAUUUUCAAUUCUUUCUUUCAGAAAAAAGUUGUAAAGGAAUACAAACUGAGACAUUUUGAAGACGUACCUCUGACGACGAUACGCUCGACGAUCGCAAAACGUCUCUCACAGUCCAAAGUUUUUAUAUAUGUUUUCAUUUGUUUACCUUUUUUUUUCAGCAACAAAUACCUCAUGAGUAUCAGGCAGCGGAUGUGAGAAUUGAUAAGAUUUUGGCUUUCCGAAAGAAAAUGAAGACUGAUGGAGUUGUUUUUUCUUUGAACGACCUGAUCGUUAAAGCUGCUGCGCUCGCGCUCAGGGUAUUCCAUUGAAUAUCUUGUUCAUCCAGCUGUUUUUCUUAUUUCCAGGCCGUUCCAGAGAUUAACGUGCGUUAUGAGAAUGAGAAGGUAGUUUUCCUGCCUUCAGUUGACGUUUCUGUCGCUGUAGCAACUCCCACCGGCCUCAUCACACCGAUAAUCAAAAAUGCUGACGUCUUCGGAGUCCAGACAAUCUCCAAUAAAAUCAAGGUAUUUUUUUCCCAUUUUGGUCUGCUGAAACUCUUUUAUGGAUUUUCGUCUCCAGACUUUUUAAAAGUCAGGCUAUCUUUUUUUAAGCGCCUCAGUAAAAAAACUUUUUAAACUUUUUUUACCUUCGUAAACUUCGUAUCUUUUCAGAGAAAAAAAUUUAAAAAGUUUUUAGGAGCUUUCGAAUCGAGCGAGGGAGAAUAAAUUGCAACUUCACGAGUUUCAAGGCGGUUCAUUCACGUGAGUUUUCUCAAUAUUAUCUAAAAAAAUAAUGUUCUUUUUUUCGGUCGUUCCCGUUUAAUUCUGGUCGGCUGUUAUAGAAGAAAAGUUUCAUUCCAACUGAAAGAGAGAGAGAAAAAAAUAUACAAUAAUAAUUUCCAAUAAUUCAACUAGAGUAAAAUUUCUCUGAAUUGUUUGUAAUUUAUUUUUACACCUUCACAAGCCUUGCAUGAAUACGAUAUAAUAAGGUGAAACAGAAAAGAAAAAGUUGAAUAUAAACGUAAGGAUAGCGGUAACAGCUAUGAAUGUUCAAGACCGAUAACUAAAGCUAGUCGAUCGGCUGUUGUUGCUAAUUUGAUUCUUUGUUUUUUUUUUUUCAAACAUCGUUGAAUUGCAAUUUGAGGAUAUCAAACCUGGGGAUGUACGGCAGCGUUACCAACUUCACGGCCAUCAUCAAUCCCCCUCAGUGCGCCAUUCUGACGAUUGGAGGAAGCAGAACUGAGGUCAUGAAGACUGAAGAAGGGCUAGAGACUCAGAAACUGUAAGUUUUUCUCUUUCUAGACAGCUCAAAACUUUCGAAAUUUGAAGAAUGGGCGUCACUUUGUGCUUCGACGGUCGGGCCAUCGAAGGAACAAAGGCACGUGACUUUUUGCUCCACUUCUCCAACAGUCUGGCCGAUCCCGAUCUUCUUAUCGCCGAACCUCUUUCGCCUGCUUUAGAUUUUGAUUUUUCGCGCCUACUCUGA